CAGCAUGCAGGAUGUGAUUUUCAGAUGUGCGUUCCCAGCACUUUAGCAAACAGACCGCCACGGUUCCGUGUGUGCCUGUCUCACUCGCGCUUGUGUUUUCAAGUCCUUUCCUGUGUUGUCCCCAGCGCCAAACGGCAUUUGUGGUCGUGGGUUUGAAACCACGGAGACUUUGCCUUUUGUUUUUUUCCAUAACACUUUAUAAUUCAUGAAGCUCGUGGCGUUUGAUGGUAGUGUCUGAGUAGGGGCUGGCUUUCUGUUUGUGUGUUUUUUGCAUGAUCUUGGAUUGUCACUCUGCUGUGUCUAAACAUUAAAAAGCCUGUCUUUUCGUUGAAGAGGACGGGGGUUAAAAUGAAUGAAGACCUGAAGGUCAAUUUAAGCGGGCUGCCUCGGGAUUAUUUAGAUGCUGGCGCUUCGGAGAACGUCUCGGCCGCCGUCUCCUCCCAGGUUCCUGUUGUAGAGCCGGAGCCAGAGCUCGUUGUCAACCCCUGGGACAUUGUCUUGUGUACCUCAGGAACCCUCAUCUCCUGUGAAAAUGCCAUUGUGGUCCUUAUCAUCUUCCAUAACCCUAGCCUGCGAGCACCCAUGUUCCUGCUGAUAGGCAGCCUGGCUCUUGCAGACUUGCUGGCCGGCAUCGGACUCAUCAUCAAUUUUGUUUUUGCCUACCUGCUUCAGUCAGAAGCCACCAAGCUGGUCACAAUCGGACUCAUUGUCGCCUCUUUCUCUGCCUCCGUCUGCAGCUUGCUGGCUAUCACUGUUGACCGCUACCUCUCCCUGUAUUACGCUCUGACAUACCACUCAGAGAGGACGGUCACAUUCACCUAUGUCAUGCUCAUUAUGCUCUGGGGGACCUCCAUCUGUCUGGGACUGCUGCCUGUCAUGGGCUGGAACUGCCUCAGAGACGAGUCCACCUGCAGCGUGGUCAGACCUCUCACCAAGAACAACGCGGCCAUCCUCUCCGUCUCCUUCCUCUUCAUGUUUGCGCUCAUGCUUCAGCUCUACAUCCAAAUCUGCAAGAUUGUGAUGAGGCACGCCCACCAGAUAGCCCUGCAGCAUCACUUCCUGGCCACGUCCCACUACGUGACCACCCGGAAGGGGGUCUCCACCCUGGCCAUCAUUCUGGGGACCUUUGCUGCUUGCUGGAUGCCUUUCACCCUCUAUUCCUUGAUAGCUGAUUACACCUACCCCUCCAUCUACACCUACGCCACCCUCCUGCCCGCCACCUACAAUUCCAUCAUCAACCCUGUCAUAUACGCUUUCAGAAACCAAGAGAUCCAGAAAGCCCUCUGUCUUAUUUGCUGCGGCUGCAUCCCCGCUAGCCUCUCACAGAGAGCACGGUCACCCAGCGAUGUGUAGCAGCGUUCCGCCUUAGGAGGACACCCUGCCCACUCCGUUCUGCAUUUACCAAGCACUUCCACUGCCUGGCCAAAUGGUUGAGACGCUGUCCUUAAAUUCUUUCUCUCGGAUUCUCUCUCGAGCCACGGGAGCACUUAGCAUUGUAGAUGAGUCAAGUGAGUGAAGUGAAAAUAAUGUCGCCAGUGUUUUCAACCUUAAAAAAAAAAGAAAAAAAAAUGACUGAGUUCUUUGCUCAAGAUUAUUUCGUUUCGUUUAGGGGUUUUAUUUUCUGUUUUACUUGGAGUCGGGUUUUUUGUUUUAUACUUUACUCAGAGGAUUUGGUCAUGGGGCGGGGGAAGAAAGUAUAUGAUAUGGCCAUGAUGUUAUAAAAAGUAAACCAGUAAACUGGUCCUAGAGAGUUUUUACUUGGACUUUAACAUAAAAUCAAGCUAUGGAGAAAAAGGGAGGAGAAAUGACUUUUUCCAGACUUUUUUUUUUUUUAACGCCAAGGGAGAUUUUCAGCACUGCAUGUACCUUACUGAAUAUAAAUAAUCUCUUUCAAGCCUACACCAAUAGUUUACAUGAUUAUGUUUGGAAGAGACCUGGUUUUAUUAACAUGAACUCAGUAAUAAGUUCCAACACAGAAACCAUGUACCCAUUCUUAUUCGUUCUUUCUUUGCUUUGAGCAAUUACUGCUCACAAUAAUUACUUUGGUAUUUCUAUGAAUGUUGUAACUUUCUGCAUGGUUGCCUGUGUUAGCUCGACCACUAGUUUCAAAUGUUGCCACAUAAAUCCAGAAUCAAAAGAGUCCAUUUUCCAUAUAGGUUUUCAAUGGGUUUCUAAAGUGAAUUAUGACAUUUGUUUGAUCUGCAUAUGAAGUUCGACUGAUUAGACACACCAGUCUAGUCUCCACGUCACAGUCUGAUUGUUUUCACGAAGCAAAAGAAAAAAUUUAAUAACAGCUCUUAAAAGUAGGUUACAUUUAUUUUAGUAUAUUCUGAAAAAUAAAUCGAUGUGAAGCUAUCACAAAAUAUGAAAAACACCACUUUCCUGUCUCUCUAUAUCUAAGAAUGUAUGACUAGUGAUUCUUGAUUGAGACAAAUAGAAUUAAAUAUUGUAGACCAAAUAUUUCUGGUUCAUAUUGUCUGUGGUGCAAAGUGCAUUUGAGACAGGUGGUCUCCUAUUUUAAUGAUUAAGUUUGUGAGUGCAUAACCCGUGUAUCUGACUGUGAUAUAUGUUAGCUAUAUUAUGUAAGUUCACAAGCAGAAUGACCUUGUGGCUGUUCAUGGAAAGCUAACUUUGAAUUCCUUUUUCCUCCUUUUCACCAAAAAACAACUUACAUGCAAUAAAAACUGUAUUGCCUGUUUUCAGAGAGCAAAAAGUUAGUCAAGAAUUGACACUGAAGAAUGAAUUUUAAAUAGAUUGCAAA